CACUGAAUAAGAGCGGAGAGCUCUGCAAGAGCACACGUGGACGCUCUUACGGCCCUGAUAUCCGCUUACUCGACGUAUACGGAAUAGCGUUUACCGGAUACUUUCCGCAUUAACCAGGGUGCGCUAAUUGGAGCUAACCGCUUCUUGUUCAAAGACGAGUACAGACGCGCGUUGUAGUAGAGGCUGUGUACAGCGGCCGCGUUUCUCUCCCGUUACCAUGAACAACUACCCGUCAAUGUUCUCACAGCGACAGGACAAAGAGCUUGCUCACGGGCUGUAUUCGCCAGCGGCAGCCAUGGCCCAGACUAACAUCUACAGCUCCACUCUUCCCACCAUGUCUGGUCUCUCAGGUUCACUUCAUGGACUCUCCAUUUAUCCAAACACGUCUCGCGGAGUUCCUGCUGCUUCUCAGUUUGUGGUCGGUCUACGACGGCACCGGCAGCAGCCUAUGGAGGAAUGGGGUUAGGGGCAAUCUCGCUGGGGGCCCACUCACCCCUCCUAACAGGGGUGGAGUAAUUCCCAUGGGGAUGACGAGGAGCGGACUGAUGGGGGCUCCCGGACAAGCAAUGGGCGGGGCCAAGUCUAGUCGACCUUCGACCCUUUCUUCCGCCAUUGGCAGUGCGCUACCAAUUGGUGCCUACGGUGGCCUUGGAAGAUCAGGUCAAGGAAUGAUGAGCCCCAUGUCUGGAUAUGGAUCAUUAAUAGAGGCGGCAGGGCAGGGGUUUGACCCGGCGGAGUUCCCGAUUCUCUCUCUCGGGGGGCGGGGCCGACACGAGGGGUUCGGAAUGUUGGGGGCCGCUGGAAUUUCUGCACGACCCCCGUUCCCCAUGGGGGGCCAGCUGGCAAAGGCCCCUGAGAAUGCACCUGGUUUUCAAAUGCACAGCGAAGAUUUCCCUGCUCUCCCUGGAACCACCACUGCUGCGAAGACAACCGAAUCAGUUGAAGGAGUUAGUGACAGCACAAAGACAACUGUCACAAGCAGUGCUGCAUCUUUACCAGAGACGAGAUCAAACUUGAACUACGACCCUGCUUCCAGCGGCCAGAAAGACAGGCAGGGGCCCGCGACGACGCCAAUCGGUCCACCUCCGAAAUCAAACCAGAGAAAAAGCAACCAACCGACGACAGUCUCCAUUCCGCCCCGCAUGGUACAGGACCAGUUUGGAAUGAUGGGACUUCUCACAUUCAUAAGAGGGGCUGAGACCGACCCCAACCUAGUUGCAUUAGCUCUCGGCAGCGACCUGACCACUCUCGGUCUCAACCUGAAUUCCCCAGAGAGUCUGUACAACACAUUUGUAUCUCCAUGGGCAGAUGGACCUUGUAGACCACAAGAUAUCGACUACAAUGUUCCCCAAGAGUAUCUGAUUCAUCCGUACGUUAGAGACAAGCUGGCAAACAUCAGAGUGGGUCGCUAUGGCGAAGACCUAUUGUUCUACCUGUACUAUAGCAAUGGAGGCGACGUCAUGCAGAUUGUUGCUGCCAACGAGCUCCAUGCGAGGGACUGGAGGUACCAUAAAGAGGAGAAAAUUUGGAUCACAAGAGCUCCUGGUAUAUAAAGAAAUAUUUUGUGAAAAUUUUGAGAUUUUGUGUGUGCUUGCCACAACUUCCCCUCUUCUCUGGUCAAACAGGUAUGCGACCGGUAAAACAGGAACAGACAUUUGAAGAGGGCACCUAUUGCUACUUUGACGUCAACCUGUGGAGGAAGGCGACGAGAGAUUUCCGAGUCGAGUACGACAAAUUAGAGGACCGCCCUCCGUUGCCAACCAGCUUACAUGCCUUGGCAACGGGCGGCCUUGCAGCUGCCGUGUCCUAGCAACAUGAUGCAACAGUUCACACAGAAUCUUUGUUGUUGUCAGAUCAUACGAACGAUGAUCACGAAAAAGCGAAGGAAAAAUGCGGAGCAUGUCUACAAUGGAACAUCUCUAUACGCAAGCACGCCACAAUUUAAAAUCACCAAACACCUAAUAAUAGCAUGAUAACACACCUCAAAACAAUUAAGCAAUAUUAAGCCUAAUAUAUAAAUGCAUGUGGCUAUGCAAAUUCAAGUGCUAGUCGGCUUUUCUCAGUUAUUGUCAUCGGAAGUUGUAUUUGAUGUAGGGAACAUCGAGAUCUUCGCCGUCAGUGUCGUUGCAACAGAUGUCCAGAACGAGGUUUCGUACGUGGGUCCCCAACUUUGUCUUCAUGGUGGAUUCUGCAACCUUUGACAGCGGCAUUUCCAUUCUCUCCUUGACCUUUGUCUGGUUCAUGAAGAAAGAGUAGAGAAGUGCCACGUUGUGCGACAGCAUCGUGAUCUCAAGAUUAUGAUGAGUCUGGAAGUAUUCCAGGAAUUCCCUGAGAGUCAUUUCGUCUCCAUUCUCCUUGACUCCCUGUACCUCGAACCUGCUCCACAACGUCCACUCCGUAUCGUAGUACUUAUUUUUGGGAGCAGCAAUUGGCUCGGAGAAUCCAAAGAAAGGGAGAGCGAGAUUGAUGAAACCGUUUUUGUACGACUCCAACUUCUUGUGUCCCCCGGCAACCUUGAGGAGCUCCAGACACACCAGCCCGACGACCAGGGACGUCGUCGUGGCGAUGGCUGGUAUUAUCUUCCCCGCU